AUGAUCAAAUUAAAUUGUGAUGGUGCCUUUUCUAGUAACAUUAAUGCAACUGGGUUUGGUGGUACAUUCCGAAAUAGCAAUGGAGACUGGAUUGUGGGAUUCCACAAGGCAAGUCAAGCAAUUUCACCUACACAUGCAGAGUUGAUGGCAUUACUAGAAGGUUUAAAAAUUGCGAAAGAAAUGAACUUCCAAAAUAUGGAACUUGAAACAGAUUGUACGGAAGUCAUCAAGCUUAUAUAUGAGGAUAACUAUUACUUCUCUAACAUUGUUUCUGAAUGCAGAUGGUUAAUGCACCAACUGAAGCUUCCCCAACUGAAGCAUAAUUUCAGGGAAGGAAACAAAGUGGCACAUAGGCUGGCCAAAGAAGCUAUCAAGAGCUCAUCCUCUACUGUUUUUACCUUGCUUGUCCACCCUUUUUUGUUGAACAUGAAGUGA